CGCACUCCGCGCUGCGGGUGCGUCACUCUGUGCGGAUUAGUCGUGUCAGUUCGACGCGUUUAUACCUUAAACGUAUAUUUUAGUGAAUACUUAACAAUCGUAAACAUUAAAAAAUAUAUCUGUGUUUACAAUAAUCCUACGAUAGCGAGCGAUACUACGUAAAGUUCAUCCGUCCGUUAUUGAUAAACUCCGCCGCGGCGUUGCCAAGUCGGUCGCUGCGUCGCACGUUGCCAGGCCGCGGCAAGUUCGUGUGAAAGCGUUACGUAUUCAUUAUGGACAAUUUUUAUCAGCUAAUAUUAUAAAAUUUAUAUCAUUAAGAUUUUGUGCAAAAUGGGGAAAAAUGACAUUUACGUUAUAUUUUUAAUAGCUUUUCACUUUUAUUGUCUAUAGUAAUUUGAACUGAUCUAAUAUUACAUAACACGUGGUUCAUUCAAAAUGACAACGUAUUCAUUGGAUGCUGAAACAUUUAUAAACGAAAUAAAGAAACACAAAGAGUUAUGGGAUGUGUCUAGUGACGGUUACAGGUACAAAACCAAGGACAAGCAGACUGCUUGGGCCAAUGUGGCUAGAGUUUUCAUAACGGAUUUCGAUAAUAUGAAAGAUGUUGAAAAAACAGAAGUUUAUCGCAAGCUACACAGCAAAUGGCGUAACAUACGCGAUGCAUACGUCCGGAAUCUAAAACGCAAAGACGGAAAACGCGGUUACAUGUACGCGAAACACUUGACCUUCCUAAGCAGCCGGUAUAACGAAAACCACACCAGCGAGGACGAUACCACCGACGAGGAGAAAAACGUGAGCAUUAAUAAGCCUAGAAACAUCGAAGUUACAACAAACAGCGAUGAGGAAGCUUCGACUAUCGUCAACCUAAAGCGGCGUCGCGUCGAGAAAUUUGAUAAGAUUGAAUUUGUCGAAACGCCGAAUAUACAAACGGUGGAAACACACUGUACGGAAGAUGAAGAUAGGUCUUUCUUCGAUUCGUUGUUGCCAGCUGUCAGAGAGUUCGGUUUAGACCAGAAACUGGAAUUUAGGUGUGAGGUUUUAAAGUUAAUAAAACAUAUUAGGUCAGAAGCAAUUACUUUUAAGCCCGAAUUUAAUACUAUAGAUUAUUAAUGACUUACUUUUAAUACAUUAAAUAUAAAUAAAUAUACAAGUUAUAGUUUUGCA